AUUAACUGUUACUUACUCCCACUUCUCUGAGUUCUCUCUUCUCUCAUCACACUAAUUCCCAUCAAUUCUAACCGCUCAAAUCCUCUGUUUUUUUAUUUUUCUUCUUCUUUACCACAGACCCCUUUCUCUCUGUUUUCUUCGUUUUCGAACUCCAAGCUCUUCUGGGUUCGUUUAAUUCCAUUCCAAUAUUCAUCUCUGGCGGUAAAGUUUGAGUCUUGAAUUAUAUGCUCAUUUGGGUGUUGUUAUAAAUCUUCACACCCUACUUUUCACAGCCUCGGUUUCAAUCGAAUAUUGAGGUUUUGAUUAUUGAGAGGUUGAAGGUGCGUUACUUACAAUUCUGGGAUACUAUUGGUUUGUAUUUAUUCUGAGGCUAUGUGUUUGCAUGGUAGCUUCACUGCACAGAAGGAUUUUUGGGCGUUGUGAAUUUGGAGCUUCUGUUGUUUUGGUAUGUUUUUGUUGGAAGUUUGCUCAGUUUUGGAAUGCUUUUUGUGAUUGAAUAGAGAUUAUCAGGUUUAGGGUUCUUGGAAAUUUUGGCUUCGGUGCAGAGCUGUAGUUGUUCUUUUAGUAAUUUUAAUAAGAUUUUAGUUGGACCAGAUAUUCUAAAAGUGGUAGAGUAUUUGUUUUGUAAUUGGGUUGUAAUGGCUAGUGGAAGAAAUUGCACUACUUGAGUAUAGAAGGGUGGAUUUUAGCUGGAUAAGCCAAACUUGGAUGUCCAUGGAGGGUUCGUGUAGGCUCGGGUCAAAAGGCCUAAUAAAGAAGCAUGAGUUUGUAAGAGUAAUAAUUCAGUGCCUGUAUUCGAUUGGAUGUGGGAAGUCUGCUUCAUGCUUGGAGUUGGAGUCUGGCAUUGCUUGCCAGUCUGAUUAUUUUCGAACGCUGGAAUCAAAGAUAUUGAGUGGAAAUUGGAAUGGUUGUAUUGAUAUGCUUAAUGACAUUAAGGAGUUGACUGAAGAAACAAGAGCUACUGCUUUGUUUCUAGUAUUGAAACAGUCACUGCUGGAAUAUUCGAAGUGUGGGGAUGACAAGUUGGCUUUAGAAAUUUUGCGGAGAGAGGUUCCAUCAUUACAGGUGGGCAGAGAAAAGAUUCACAGCCUUGCUCACAGUAUCCUUUUCUCGAAGGAUAUGGAGCAGAGUAAGACAGACAACAAUGAGGUCUGUGAAUUGCGAAGAAAGCUGUUGCAAGAAUUGGAAAAUUUGCUUCCUCCACCAAUUACAAUACCUGGGCGAAGGUUGGAACAUCUGGUUGAAACUGCUGUUUUGACCCAGAUUGAUUCAUGUAUGUAUCAUAAUUUAUCGGGUGCUGUUUCACUAUAUGAGGACCAUUUGUGCAGUAGGGAUCAGAUUCCUACUGAGACUGUACAGAUUUUGACUGAACAUAAGAACGAAGUCUGGUUUGUACAAUUCUCUCAUAACGGGGAGUACUUAGCUUCAUCAUCAAGUGAUUGCACAGCCAUCAUAUGGAAGGUGCUAGAAGAUGGCAGCCUGAUAUUAAGACAUACCCUGCAGAGCCACCUUAAUCCAGUAUCCUUUGUGGCAUGGAGCCCUGAUGACUCAAAGUUGCUUACAUGUGGAAAUGGUGAAGUCCUCAAGCUAUGGGACGUGGAAACAGGUACAUGCAAGCAUACAUUUGGAGAUCGUGGCUUCAUUGUCAGCUCAUGUGCUUGGUUUCCCGACUCAAAGCGACUUGUGUGUGGCAGUGUCGACCCUGAAAAAGGUAUCUACAUGUGGGAUUGUGACGGCAACGAGUUAAAAGCAUGGAGAGGCAUGAGGAUGCCCAAGAUUGUAGAUCUUGCUGUGACACCAGAUGGGGAAAAUCUUAUCAGCAUUUUCUCUGAAAAAGAAAUUCGGAUUUUUAAUGUGGGAACAAAUGCUGAGCGAGUUAUCUCCGAAGACCAUGCUAUCACGUCCCUCUCAAUUUCUAGAGAUAGUGAGUUCUUUAUCGUCAACCUCAAUAGCCAGGAGAUCCAUAUGUGGGAUGUUGCUGGGAAAAUGGAGAAGCCACUAAAGUAUAUGGGUCAUAUGCAGAGCAAGUACGUGAUACGCUCCUGCUUUGGUGGAGCGAAUAGUACAUUUAUUGCCAGCGGGAGUGAGAACACACAGGUCUACAUUUGGAAUCGGCGAAACUCUAGGCCAAUUGAGGUUCUGUGUGGGCAUACAAUGACUGUGAACUCUGUGAGUUGGAAUCUUAGGAGACCUCAAAUGCUGGCAUCGGCUAGUGAUGAUCAAACUAUUCGUAUAUGGGGAUCUAGUCGAUCUAAAAGGACUCAACCCAAGAAACUGAGUUGA